AUUCAACAAUUGAUGGCAAUGCCGGUAAUGUUCUCGUCCAAGAUUUUAUACAUCAUCUGCUGCAGUACUUGGCUUCCUCUGCUCUCACUUGGACUCCAACCCUCACUUACGUGAUUCGACACUCGACUUUGCUAGUUACUUCGAAUUCCUCUGUCAAAUAACAAGACAUGUUUCUUUCUUCAAUUUUUCUCUCACAUCAAGGCUAUUGUAAUGGGAAGGAAUUUAACGAUUUGUUAAAGAAAUUUAACAUUAUACCUGGUCCUUGCUUUAGUUUUUCCUUUUUCUUUGUUGAAAUUUAUCGAUUUAUUUUGGUGCAAAACUAAUACUGAUUGUGGCUCUUUCCUUUGAAUUUUUUGCUAAAAAAAUGUACUGAGUUGAAAUAAAAUUGACAGUAAUAUUUGUACCUUCUUGUGAUUUUUUUUUGGUCAUUCACAGGAUUUUGUGUCGAAAUUCAAUGGAUUUGUUACAAAUUCAACAACCAUUUACACAUUCCUUAUUUGUGUUCACUUAGAUAAAUGAUCCGUUUCUUCGAAAUUUAAGUUAAAUCUUGUGCAAAUGUUUAUCUUAACAAAAGGAUUCCUUGUCCAACUUAACCUAAAUUCUGAAAAUUUUUGAAAGUACUUGGAUGAUACUUCCGCUUUCUUCAAAUAUUUCUGAACAAAGUAUUUUGUUUCAAAAACGAACUGUCUAUUUUAAAAAAUUAUUAAUAAAUAAUAAUACUCGCUCCUCCUGUAAAAUGUUCCUCUUGAACAAAUAUGUGUUCAAAUAUUAUUCAAGAUUUCAUACAAAUUCAACGAUACCACUUGAUCAAUUGAUCAUUACUAGUCUUGUCUUAAAUUAAUAGUCCUUCAUUGAAAUUUAAUUUUUUCCUUGAGAAAAUCUUGAGAUGUUUGCUCGAAACAGCUGCAUUGUUUGGGUCUUCUGUUGGAGCUGCACUGUAAUAGCUGUAAUGCGGUGCCGAAUUCUCUUAGAAAUCAGAAAGUUUUCAUGUCAAACCUCAUAUCUGGACUGCACCUUCCAGGUGAUGAGAUACGUGGUGAGAUACUGUUCGUGCUAUAUAAGCUCCUGAAUCUUGAAGAUGGAUUGAAGGAAUUACUUCCAUUUUGUCCACAUUUGACACAUCUUGCCAUCGAAGUUCUCUUGAAAACUGAAAGUGAUGAACUACGAACAAAUUGUUUAGCUGUGUUAAUAAUUAUGGCCAGGCAAGAGGUCUUCCACAUCUCCUUUGCAAACUAUAAUGAAGAAAAAGAUAGCCCCAUAGAGACCGAUAGUGUUACAGAAACAGCAAAGUAUCAUGAAAGCCUUAUUGAUGGAUCUUUUAUUAGAAUGUUUGCUGAAGCUGUCAAAGGGCCAUUGCUAUCCUCAGAUGUCCAAGUUCAGAUCAGUGCUCUAGAGUUAAUACAUUAUUAUACCUUUCAGAUUGAAGGUGUAGACACCACAAAACAGCUGAGUAUUCUUGUUGAAGAAGGAACUUCCGACUAUAUUUUUGAGACUUUACGAGUAUCUGAAAACAAGGAGUCCCUUGUUAUAUGGUGCAUCCGUAUCUUAAGCUUAUUAUCGACGACAGAGCAGGCAUUUACACGACGAUUCACAGUAGGAUUUUCUACAAUCAUCAAAGUUCUUCGACAUGUUGCAGGAAUAGCUCUUCAUCCUGUUCAAACCGACACACUUCUUUUGAUUUCAGCCUGGUUGUCAAACUCUCCAGGCAUUAUCUCUGCAGGUCAAGCUGAGGACCUUCUAUUAAUUUUGACUAAAAUGCUAAAUCAACAUGAUAUUGGUGAUGUUGGCUUGCCUUCAGAGGCUUUCAACGCAGUGUGCUCAGCCUUUAUAGCUUUACUAAAGACACCUUCAUGUCAUGGCAUCAAAGGCUUAGUUACGAAUUCAAUUCCUGCUGUCUUGAAGAAUGCGAUUUCAUCUGCUUGCGAUGGUAAACAUGAUGAAAACAUGUUGAGUUCACUUUAUUUCUUUAAAGAAGCCUUUAUAUUCACACUAGAUACAAGCAACAGAGGAGCUUCUGACAGUGAAAUCAUGGCAAACCUUGUCAAUAUAUGUGAAAGUUACCUGUUGCCAUCAGUUAGCAGAAUGAGCGAAAAUGAAGAAACAACUCAUGCACUUUUCCAAACAUUUUAUUUUGUCCUUAAAGAUACUUCUAUCGAUGAAACCAAAAAGUUAGCAGAAAAAAUGGUUAUUUCAAAAUGGUUUAGUUUCUCUUUUGAAUGCUUAGCCCAUUUUCCAUUCGAUGAUAUGAGAAAUGAUGUUUUCCUUAUUCUCAGCUUGCUCAUUGAGCAGCUGGCUGGAAAUGGUAUGGGGGAGGCUGUUCAAGAGGCUUCCUGCAACUUACCCUUCGAUCCCGUUGACUUUCUCUUUUUACUUGGGCAAAUAAGCUCCUACAGCUCGGAGCUUCUUUGCAGUCAAUCUGCUAUAAUUUCAAUCUUGCAUACAAGUCAUCUAUAUGGAGAUAGAAUUGCAGAAGAUAACCAAGUUUUAGCUUCGUUGGAGCAGUGUAUACUUGUAAAUGCAUCCAACUUUCAGUGCACAGCCACCAACCAUGCAACCUUAAUACAAAUAUUGGACCUUUAUGCACUAAUUAGAGACGCACACAUGAACUAUCCUCUAUCAUACAGUGUUGAAGCUGAGAAGAUACUUCUAAGAGUUAUAGCAGACUGUCAGUGCAAUAUCUUAUCCUCCAGGGUACCUAAGGUAGUCCUCAGAUGGUUCUUCCAACAAUAUGAGAUUAGAGAAUUUCUGAUGUCGCAGAUACUCAGCUGGUGUAAAAGUAUCUACAGUGCUGAAAAGGGUGCUGAAUUAGGAUUUCAAAGAGAUGAAACUUUGGAGAGUCUAAACAAUGACUAUCCCCACUUUGAUAUUGCUGUGCUAGCAGAGUUGGUAGAAGAAGAGGGCUGUGGUACAGCUGUGCUCGUUUUAUUGCUCAACCAGAUGAUAGAUAUGCAUCUAGAAGAUGACCUUAGAGCAGUUUUGUAUGUUUUAAUGAAUAUAAUUAGAGUGUUCCCAGAGGCCUCAAACUGGUUCUAUGCAAAUGGUCUUUUAGAGGCUCUCCAUCGAUCUUACUUUGCUACGAUUUCUUCAGAAACGACGUACUCUAUAACUAUGCUAGUUUUCGACAUGCUUUGCUCUGCAAGAUUCGAAUCUUUGAUUGAAGAAGACUCAUGGCUUGCAAUUGCUAACCAGGUGACUCGUAUACUUAUAGGCAAGUUGAAAGAGAAGAAUUCUGCCAACCAUGAAAGUGUAAUUCUUUUCAGUCUCCUUUCCCUGAUAUUGCAAAAGUCUAAACCUGAAGAAGGCCUGCUUGUGGAAUCUUCAAGAGCUAUAGUUUUAAAUAAUCAUUUGGGUAUAACGGUGGAAGGUAUCAUAAAAAAUGCUUGUGCAAAAGGUCCUGCACUAGCUCAGCUUGAUGAGCGAACAAGCAGUGGGCAAAUUGUAAUAUCUGCACUGGUGUAUCAUUUCUUCUGGCUGAGAAGUUUCCAUGCUGUUUUGCAGGACAAUGUACACAAUCGAGAUUUUUUGUUCAUUGAUUGCUUCGUCUCACAAAAUGGUCAAACUUCAUCUUCAGACAUCCUUGACAAUAAUGAUGCUUCUCCUGCAAUAAAUAUCUCAUCUCAGCAUUUAUGCCAACUACUCUAUUAUGGCUCUUCUGUAAUAAAACUUAUUGCUUCAUAUUCUCUGGCAGAGGUGUUCUCACAUAUUUCAGAGAACAGAACAGAUGGGUAUAAUGCAAAAAGGGAACUGAAAUGCUCACCUGAUUAUCUGCAAUCUAUUUCAAUUGUACUUCAAGGUUUCAUAUUACAUGACAGCAUCUGUCUAGCAAAGAACAUUGCUUCUUGUAUUUACUGGCUUCUAGGGUGCGAGUAUCUUAAUUCCCAACAAGAGAAAGCAAUUCGCAGUAGCAACUGGUAUAGACUAGUUCUGGAGGAGUUGAUGUUAUCUCUAGCAACUCCAAAUCCUCUUUCACAUGUUAUGGAGUCCUGUGGAAAUCCAAAGCCAGCAGCAUAUGUUGCUGUUGCUUUGUUGAGGAUGUCCUCCCCUCCUGCUUGGGUGAAAUCAGUAUUUAGUCCUUUGUGCAUUACAAGUAUAAUUGACAACCUUUCUUUCCAAAAACCUUCUGCAGAGAUUGUGCUUCUAUUUAGAUCACUUUUAUGUUGUGGUUAUUUGGAACAGAGUCAUAUCAGGAAACUGCAUCAUCUAUAUCAGGAUUGUCGACGAUUUGCUUUUGGGGAUAACACUCAGGACCAAUUCCACAUGAAUCAUACAGAAACUUUGAGCUACAGUGUCCACAACUAUAACAAGAUAAUGGUUGAUCUCAUCAUGUCGGCAAGCAUCAAUCCUGACACUGGCGUUUGGACUUAUAAAUCUGAGGAUGAAAAAGAAGUAAAACGUGAGCUGACAAUUUUGGUAGCAGAAAUAGACAAAUUUCUGCAAGAGUCGGCUAUGCAUGUUAAGUGAGUUGAGCUUCAAUUUAGUUUUUCCCGUUCUCCAUUCGUGAUAUUGUAGGAAUUUUCAUUACUUAUGUGAUAUGGAGGAGUGGAAGUCAUGAAGGAUAAUUGUUGCUUUCAUGACAAACUUCUAUUCGUAUUUUCUUUGAAUUAUGUCCACAAACUAGGGAAGAGCUUAAACAGCCCACACGUUUGUCAUUUGGGGUAUGCAAAAGUCCUAAAUAUCCAACGACGUAUCAGUUGUUUACUUUCAGCGACAAACUAGUGCCUCAUGUACAAUAUACUGUAUCUCCAUAAAUUACAAGGCUGUAGAGAAACAUAAAUUGGUUUUUCCUUGUCCGUUCAUGCAGAUUGAAGCAAGUGAUAAAAAUUAGAGAUUACAUUUGUUUUACAUUGUAUGAAAUGCGAUGGCUUUCAUGUAAACGUCUUUCAUUAUUCAGUAAUAUCCAUUAAACUACUAGAAGGUUUCUACUAAGGUAAA